AUGGGCAGUAUCAGACGCAUCAAGACUAAGCGUCGCACCCGCGACCUUGACCAAAUCAAAGCCGACCUCAAAUCUCCCAGACAUCUUGCUCAACACAAGGGUACCAAAGCCGCUGAGGAUCUGCCCGGACUAGGUGCUUUCUAUUGCACCGAAUGCGCCAAAUAUUUCUCAGACAGCCACAAUUUAAACGAGCACAGAAGAGGGAAGAACCAUAAGAGACGGUAUUUGCGAUCCUCCGGCUCCGUGGAGAGACCUGACUUUGGAACUAGUGUUCGAAUGCUCAAGGAAGAGGCACACACCCAGAAAGCUGCAGACGCUGCCGUAGGCUUGGGAACAGACAAUCGUCGGCCUCGCGUCUCGGAAGAUGGUCCCGGCAACGAAGCCAUGAAAGAUAUUGAACGUUGA